CGGCUCGGGCGCAGACGCACGCACGCACGCAAGCACGCACGCCCUCUCCAGCUUGCGCGGUCCUUGCAGCUCCGGCACACACCAACCGCGCUGUCCACCCGGCGGAGAUGCUGCGGGUCUGUCAGUUAUCCGGCGUGACCGCCGUCGCCCAGAGCUGCCUCUGUGGGAAGUUUGUCCUCCGCCCAUUACGAACAUGCCGCAGAUAUUCUACUUCACGCAGUUCUGGGUUAUCUGCUGGCAAAAUUGCUGGAGCUGGUUUUUUGUUUGUUGGUGGAGGUAUUGGCGGCACUAUCCUAUAUGCCAAGUGGGAUUCUCAUUUCCGGGAAAGUGUAGAGAAAACCAUACCUUACUCAGACAAAGUCUUUGAAAUGAUUCUUGGUUCCCCACCUUGUAAUGUUCCAUUGCCGAAGAAACCGAUUCAAUCUGGUCCACUAAAAAUUUCUAGUGUAUCAGAGGUAAUGAAAGAAUCUAAACAGCCUGCUUCACAACUCCAAAAACAAAAGAGAGACACUCCAGCUACUACAGCACCUACAGAGGCAGCUCAAAUUAUUUCUGCAUCAGGUGAUACACUAUCCGUCCCAGCCCCUGCGGUUCAACUUGAGGAACGUAUAAAAACUGAUCACCCUGAAAUUGGUGAAGGAAAACCCAAGUCUACAGCUUCAGAGGAAGCAUCCUCAGCUUCUGUAAGGGAACGACCACCUGAAGAAGUUGCAGCACGCCUUGCACAACAGGAAAAGCAAGAACAAGUUAAAAUUGAGUCUCUAGUCAAGAGCUUAGAAGAUGCUUUGAGCCAAACAGCUUCCAUUACUGUGCAGGCCAUUGCAGCUCAAAAUGCUGCAGUCCAGGCCGUCAAUGCACAUUCCAACGUGCUGAAAGCAGCCAUGGACAAUACAGAGAUUUCAGGAGAGAAGAAAUCAGCUCAGUGGCGCUCAGUGGAGUGUGCAUUGAAGGAACGCAGAAAGGCGGUAGAUGAGGCUGCGGAUGCUCUUCUCAAAGCCAAAGAAGAGUUAGAAAAGAUGAAAGGUGUAAUUGAAAAGGCAAAGAAACAGGAAGUUGCUGGGGCCAAAUCGCGUAUAUCUUCUGCUGAAGGAAAACUUCACAACAUGAUAGUUGACUUAGAUAAUGUGGUCAAAAAGGUCCAGGCCGCUCAGUCUGAUGCUAAGGUUGUAUCCCAUUACCACGAGCUGGUGGUCCAGGCCCGGGAUGACUUUAAACGAGAACUGGACAGUAUUACUCCAGAAGUUCUGCCAGGGUGGAAAGGGAUGAGCAUUUCUGACCUAGCCGGCAAGCUGUCUACAGAUGAUUUGAACUCCCUAAUUGCUCAUGCACAUCGCCGCAUUGAUCAGCUAAACAAAGAGCUGGCAGAACAGAAAGCCAAAGAGAAGCAGCACAUUGCAUUAGCCUUGGAAAAACAAAAGCUGGAAGAAAAGCGUGCAUUUGACUCUGCUGUGGCAAAAGCAUUAGAACAUCACAGAGGUGAAAUACAGGCUGAACAGGAUAAAAAGGUAGAAGAAGUUAGAGAUGCCAUGGAGAAUGAAAUGAGGACUCAGCUUCGCCGACAGGCUGCUGCUCACACUGAUCACUUACGAGAUGUCCUUCGGGUACAAGAACAGGAACUGAAAUAUGAAUUUGAGCAGGACUUAUCUGAGAAACUUGCUGAACAAGAAUUACAGUUUCGUCGACUCAGUCAAGAGCAAGUUGACAACUUUACUCUGGAUAUAAACACUGCUUAUGCCAGACUGAGAGGAAUUGAACAGGCUGUUCAAAGUCAUGCACUUGCUGAAGAGGAGGCCAGAAAAGCCCAUCAACUAUGGCUUUCAGUGGAAGCUUUAAAGUACAGCAUGAAGACUGCAUCUGCAGAUCUGCCCACUGUCCCGCUGGGUAGUGCAGUUGAGGCCAUCAGAGUCAGCUGUUCUGAUAGUGAAUUUGCCCAAGCUUUAACUGCAGCUCUCCCUCCAGAAUCCCUGACCCGUGGGGUAUACAGUGAAGAAACCCUUAGAGUUCGUUUUUAUGCUGUUCAAAAACUGGCCCGAAGGGUAGCAAUGAUCGAUGAAACCAGAAAUAGCUUAUACCAAUACUUCCUUUCCUACUUGCAGUCCCUACUGUUGUUCCCACCUAAACAACUCAAGCCACCCGCGGAGCUCAGCCCUGAGGAUAUAAACACAUUUAAAUUACUGUCAUAUGCUUCCUAUUGCAUUGAGCAUGGUGAUCUGGAGCUGGCAGCAAAGUUUGUCAAUCAGCUGAAGGGGGAGUCCAGACGAGUCGCACAGGACUGGCUGAAGGAAGCCCGAAUGACCCUAGAAACUAAACAGAUAGUGGAAAUCCUGACAGCAUAUGCCAGCGCCGUAGGAAUAGGAACCACUCAAGUGCAGCAAGAGUAAGGUCUAGGAAGAGUUUUGUAAGUCAUAUUUCAUGUCAAAGGAAAUCUGCAGUGAUGAAUGGAGAGUUUGCAACAGGGCCCUAGGGUGGUCUAAAAAUGAGCUGGUUACAAUUGUUCGAAAUGUUAACACCUGUUGCAUUUAUAUUAUUUCCACUUGCUAUCAUGUCAGUGAACACCAGGAAUACUUUCUUUGCAACUUGUGUAACAUUUUCUGUUUUUCAGGUUUUACUGAUCAGGCUUGUGAGCCAAUCAAAAUAAUGUUUGUGAUCCCUAUUACUAUUGAUUUUGCCCUUGGAGCAAACUGAAUAAAACAAAGAGAUGGAAAUGUCAUAGUUUAUCCCUUUUCAGAAACUGCCAUUUUAAAUUUGUUGUGUGUGCAGGAAAUUUCCUUGAGAAGUAGCAACAGCUGAAGUGGAAGUCCCAGGCAUCCAGAAUUUCUCAGCCGUGAUAGGGUUCCAGAAGUCUAAGGCCUGUACUUGGCUUUGAAGGUUCCAGCGACCAGAU